AGUACAGAGUGAGGUAAUGUGUAGUUUGUAUCGUCACUAGACAGUCUGACAGAUUUGGUUAAGUAGUGUUAUUCUUUGUGAGAGAGUCCUUGGUUAGUAGUAAAAUGGAUGCUUUAAACUUAUCAAGGAACUUUUAACCCUGGAGCAUAUCUUUAAUGAUUAAUGAUUCCUUCAAGUAUGUGAUUCUAUGAAUUUAUUUAAUAAUUUUGAUUUAUAUGACAGUUGAAAUUGAAUUUUUAUAAACCUCUAUAAAUCAAUAAUUACAUAAAAGUCUCUUGAACUCGCGCGUUUCUAAAAACUCUACUAUCCACUCUUACCUCGAUAAACUAUUUUCAAAAAUGAUAUAAAUGUCAAGAAAUGUCUAUGAAUUUAGAAUAACUAUUGUGUUUUUGUGGCAGCAUCAAUAUGUCAAAUUUCACUAGAAGAAUUUUACCGGUUAUUCUAUUUUCUCUUUAUUUGUUUUUGUACCAUUCUUACAUGAUUGGAUUUAUAUUUAUGGACCCUACACUAACAGUAGCUCAUUUACUUCUUUAUACACUUACAUUUAAUGGGUUUUAUUACAUGAUGAUAUGGUCAACACUGGCCACAAUGUUUCAACCCUUACCUGUCGUACCCGAAGAAUUUAGAUUGACGCCUUUGGAAAUAAAACUUUAUAGUCAUAGUAUUGUUGAAAAAAAACCUCACAUCCUUAAAUUUUUUUAUGAGAAAAAGGGUCUUUUUGUCUUAACCAGAACUGGAAGAGGAAAUUUGAGAUAUUGUGGACAUGAGUUUCAGUUUAAGCCUGAUAGAGCACAUCAUUGUUCCCAAUGUAGCAUGUGCAUCUUGAAAAUGGAUCACCAUUGCCAAUGGCUGAAUACUUGUAUUUGUCUAACUAACCAAAAAGGUUUCAUACUUACAAUGGUUUACACCUUUUUUGUAUGUUUCUUUUACGUAUGUUCUUCGUUCAAUAGGUUUGUUAUAUUUUGGACCGGAGAUAAACAAGAUAGAACGCAUCAUUUUUACCCUUUGGUUACAGGUUUUAUUUUAGCCUUGACGUUAAUACCAAUAACAGCAAUUUUCAGUAUGUUCCAUAUCGGACUCAUAGUUCAAAAUAAGACACUUAUAGAAGAUGUUAGGCCACCCAACUUUUUAUCUGGCCAAGAAACUUUCGACUUGGGUGCCAUUCCAAAUAUAGCACAAGUAUUUGGUUACAGUGUGUUACUGUGGCCGCUACCAAUUUUCAAUCAAGAAGGUGAUGGUACUUUUUUCCCAACUAGAAGAAUUCGCAGAAGAUCCGAUCAGCCUUUUGAUUUGCCCAGACAUAAACUUGAAAGAAACUUUUCAGAUUUUGUAAGAUGAACACGUAUAUGUUCAUCAUAAUGUCACUGCUUAUUCUUUAUCAAAUAUAAUCAUUCAUAUCUAUUUUGUCUAAUUCGAAAUAUGCGCCUUCAGCUUCAACACACUCGUAUCAGCAUUUUUUGCAAUCCUCAAACGCUACUAAUUUCGUCUUAAGCAUUUUCAAGGGUCUUUUUAUUUUUUAAAGGGACUUAUGAAAAGGAAAUGCUUUGGUUGAAGCGUGAUUAGUGUUGUUUCGACUAAAAAAAAAACACGAACAAAAUUUUUAAUGCAGGAAAUUACCACAAAUUCGAGCUAGACUUAUUCGGUUCUAAGUUCUUACCUUUUUCUAAAUAUUUCUGUUGGGAUUUUAUAAAAUAAAAACACUCACGUUCAAGAUAUAUUUAAUAUAUUUCACUAAAUAUAUUUUUAACAAGAAAAAAACUAAUAUAUAUCUUAUUGCUGUGUCAAUCAAAUGUAAAGAAAAUCCAUAGCGAUGUUUAGUUUUUUUUUUACAUGUAGACAUUUGCCACAUAAAUAGAUGUUUCGAGUUAGAAUACAUCAAAAAGUUUAUAAAAUUGGAAGACAGAUGCCAAAAAAUAUUGCGAGUAAUUCUAUUACUUGCAUUUUUUUUAUUAAACUGAACAACAAAUUAUUUGGCACAUGAACGUUAUGUUAGAUAAUGUUAGCUGAAAUGUUCAAAUGUAAUUUGAAAUAAUAUCAAAAUCGAAAUAAAUGAAUAUUUAAUUAAUUGAUACUUGGCGACAAUAAAUCACCUUUUGUAGAUUUGAUCUUUAAUAUUGAAUAUUUAAUGUUGACAUUGUUCGAAAAUUAAAUUAUUUUGUGAUACAAAUAGCGCGAAUUCAAAGAAAAAUUCAAUUUAUAUAAAGAAAAUUUUCACACACAACCCAUCAAGUAUUUCUUGUUCUGUGUAGUAUAAGGUACCAUUUUCAUCACCUCAUACACUGUCCCUAAGCCAAAGGUCUUGAAACUAUCACCAAACUACUAAGUUAGGAGAAUCGAAGUUUUAGUUAGGAUCAUUCAAGUUAGAAAUAACUAAAAACAAUUUUUAAAAGAUCAUUAUUACACAAACUAGGCAACUUGGAUAAGUGAAGGGAGUCUAAGUGAAAUCCUCACUACUUUGCCUGAAGUUACGAAAAACCAAAAGGAAUCAGCGAUACAUUAAAAUAUAAUGACAAAAUUUCUUAAGGCGUCCAUUUCUGUGGCUUCUAAUUUCUCAGUUUUCCUAUUUAUGUCAAACAUAACUCCUAGAUUUAUUUAUAGUUCUUACAUCUCGUUAUAAUUUCGUUGCUUCCUAGUUAUAUCCUCUCCCAUAGACAAGUACUGUGUCUUUUCUACGUUCAUCUGCAGCACCCAUUUUCCGUAUUCAUGUAUUCUAAGUCAUAUCUGUCGUUUGCACAUAUGAACUGAUCAUCUGCAAAUUGGAGGGUGUAUCACCAGAAAAUAAAAUUGCUAUGUUCCGUAAAAUAUUUUCUAAACCUGUAUGUUAUAUGAUCGGUUGAUUGUAAAACUGAUUAUUACAAAUCAGAAUUAGAUUAAUACUAUUAUAAGUGCAGCACUGAACUGAAAAAAAUUAGAACUGCUCACGUAUCUCCCUACUAACUCGUUCAGAAACUUAAGGGAUAAUCUAGACUGCAAUAAAUUGUUAGUUGUGGUGAAGUGAAACCCGAUUUGCUGAAUAUUGCUUGAGUUUCAUUAUACUACUACAAAAAUGCCGAGACCAGCAAAAGGACCACUUCUUAUUUUUUAUUUAUUACGAAUCGGCUUUCGACAAAGUAAGAAACGAAGGCUUGGACCUUCUCUCACUCACUAAGGCGCUUGGAGAGUUUCGAAAUGUGGAUCUUUCGGAGGAUGCUGAGAAUUCCCUGGACCGCUCAUAUCAGUACCGAAGAAGUAAUGUAAAGAACAGUCACUGACAGGGAACUUAUAUAAUUAAUAAAAACUCGAAAAAUCUCGUAUCUGCGACACAUAUAUAGAAAUGACAAAUACAGAUUUUGCAACUUCUGAUCGAAGGGAAACAUGGUCCUAGCAGACGACAGACUUCAUGGCUAAAGAAUAUUCGCAAAUGAACCGGUUUAGACUCUCAGACUAAUAAGAAGGGCCAGGGACAGAAAUGACUUUGCUGGGGUUAUCGCCAACCUUCGAUAAAAGAGGGCACCCAAAGAAGAAGAUUGCUUUAGCACAAUUCUUUGUCUAGUUUCUAGAUAGAUAAACGCUUGAUAAGUAGUAGUUUGGAAGUUUGUUUGACUUAUUACAGUAUAUAAAAAAAAUGGAAUUUAACAAUCGAUAUACAACUGAAAAAUUACAAAUUAUAUAAAUUAUUAUAAACAUAGUAUUGGAUGAUUUUUGAACAAAUCAGCUUACACAAAAUUAUAAAAUCUCUCAUUGUUUUACAAGCUAAAGUUUGCUAUACACAUUUGAAAUAAAUAAUAAAUAGAUAUACACAAUGAGAAAUUUUAAGAUUCAUUAAACCUUAUACUAAAGCUAAAUAAUAAGCAAAGAGUAUCGUUUCCUUUUCAUCAGGCAAAACUGGUAUUGCUAUAGUAUCAACAUAUUUUACACAAAACUUUACUACGUUGCUAAAAUGUAAAAUGUGACAUAAUCUUCUGGCGAUUAUCAACAGAUCAUGUAGGAUACAAAUCAAUCAUAAAUUUUAUUUAAAUUCAAACAUUUUCCUUGUUUAUUUUUGGAAAUGUUUCAAAUUCUUGUUGAGAGAUACAUAAUUGUAAUAAAAUAGGAAAUAAAUAAUUCACAUU